CUUUUCGAGUCAAGGAAGUUCACAUGUUCAGACACGGUGGGCUGAGCUCAAACUAGAAAAACGAAGAUCAAGAACUCUUCCUUUCUAAGCUUUUCUUCAACACAGAGAAAGCAGAAUGGCAAAAGCUAUGGUGGAUCAUUGCAUAAUCAAGGCCAGAAAUGACAGGCGACAGUACAGGAGGGUCGUUCUUGAGAACUCUCUGGAGGCUCUUCUCGUCAGCGAUCCUGACACUGAUAAGUGUGCUGCUUCUAUGGAUGUGGGUGUCGGCCACUACAGCGACCCUCCGGGCAUCGAGGGUCUUGCUCAUUUCCUCGAGCAUAUGCUGUUUUAUGCGAGCGAGAAGUAUCCCGAGGAGGAUAGUUUUGACAAAUACACAUCUCAGCAUGGAGGAGGAACAAAUGCUUUGACAGGUUCUGACCAUACCAACUAUCAUUUUGUUGCAAAUGCUGAUUGUUUUGAGGAGGCUUUGGACAGAUUUUCUCAGUUCUUUGUCAAGCCAUUGAUGUCAUCCGAUGCUGUUAAGAGGGAGAUCAAAGCAGUUGAUUCUGAGUUCCAAAAGAACUUCCUUUCUGAUUCUUGGAGAAUAGGCCAGCUUCGGAGCCAUCUGAGCAUGGAAGCACAUCCCUAUCAUAAGUUUGGUACCGGAAACAGACAAACUUUAGAAGUUCAACCGAAGGCUAAGGGGAUUGACAUAAGGCAAGAACUCAUUAAGUUCUAUGAAGAAAAUUACUCUGCCAACCUCAUGCGUUUAGUUGUUUACGGCAAAGGAUCUCUUGAUAAAAUCCAAGAUCUCGUGGUCCAAAAGUUCAACGCUAUUUCCAACAACAAGGAGAGCAGUUUUCAUAUUUCUGGUCACCCUUGCGUAGGGGAACAUUUACAGGUUCUUGUUAAAGCAGUUCCAAUAUGUGAUGAUCACACGCUACAAGUUCAGUGGCCAAUGCCUUGCAGCAUUCACCAUUACAAAGAAGUCCCAUGCAGCUACCUCACCCAUCUUAUAGGCCAUGAGGGAGAAGGAUCUCUGUUUCAUGCCUUAAAAAGAUUAGGAUGGGCCGCUAGUUUGUCUGCUUAUGAGAGCUUUGCGGAUUCAAAUACCUCUUUCUUUAAUGUUGUUAUUGAGAUGACUGAUGCUGGUCAUGAGCACAUGCAAGAUAUCGUGGGAUUGCUCUUUAAAUGCAUUGACAUCUUACACCAGUCUGGCAUUUGCGAGUGGAUAUAUGACGAGAUUGCAGCUGUAAAUGAGACGAUGUUCCAUAAUCAGGAUAAGAUAUCUCCAAUGAGUUAUGUGCUCUCUAUAGCAUCAAAUAUGAAGUUGUACCCGCCAAAAGAUUGGCUAGUGAAGUCGUCCUUGCCUUCCAAAUUUAAUCCCAGCAUCAUCCGUGCAGUACUCGAGAAGCUUUCUUCAGAAAACUUCCGAAUUUUUUGGGUGUCAAAGAAAUUUGAAGGGGAAACUAACAUGGUUGAGCCAUGGUAUGCAACUGCAUAUUGUGUAGAUAAACUUACCGACUCGACAAUCCAGGAAUGGGUGCAGCAUGCUCCAAGUGAACAUCUUCAUUUGCCAGUGGCUAAUCAGUUUAUUGCCACUGACUUGUCCCUCAAGAAGACUGCUAAGGUCAUGUAUCCAGUUUUGUUGAGGAAAACAAGCUUUUCGACGUUAUGGUACAAGCCUGAUACGGUGUUCUCUGUUCCUAAGGCUACUGUACAUCUAAAAUUCAACUGCCCUUAUGCUUGCAACUCUCCUCAUGCUGAACUUCUUGCAAGAAUUUUUAAGCAUUUAGUAUGUGAUUACUUGAAUGAAUAUGCGUAUUAUGCUGAGCUUGCUGGACUAUAUUACGGAAUAUGCCAGACAGAUGAUGGAUUUGAGCUCAAUGUCAGUGGCUAUAAUCAUAAGUUGCGGGUAUUACUGGAUACCGUCCUGAAAGCAAUGGCAAAUUUUACAGUGAAGCCAGAAAGAUUUUCUGUGAUCAAGGAGAAGUUGACAAAAAGUUAUCAGAAUUUCAAAUUUGAUGAGCCAAGGUUUCAUGCCUCAUAUUAUCGCUCUUUAAUAUUAAAUGACCAUUCAUGGCCUUGGGAGGAAGAUCUAGAAAUACUUGAGACUCUUAAGCCUAACGACCUUUCACGGUUUGCACCUACAAUGCUCUCGAGAGCAUUCUUAGAAUGUUACAUAGCAGGGAAUAUAGAGCGUGAUGAAGCAGAGUCAAUUGUUCAUCAUAUCGAAGAUAUUUUCUUUGAUGGUUCUCAUCCUAUAUGCAAGCCAGUGCUCCAAUCCCAGCUCAUAACAAGCAGACUCGUCGCACUUGAUGAGGGUGUAAGUUACGUCUACUCAACUGAAGGCCUAAACCCUAAUGAUGAGAAUUCUGCAUUGGUUCACUAUAUUCAGAUCCAUCAAGAUGACAUUACUUUGAACGUACAACUUCAGCUUUUGGCUUUUAUAGCAAGGCAUGAAGCCUUCCACCAACUCAGAACGGUUGAGCAACUCGGUUAUGUCUGUUCGCUCACACAUCGAUACGACCUUGGUGUGCACGGUCUGCAGUUCACUGUUCAGUCUGCUGUGAAGUGUCCAAAAUACAUCGACACAAGAGUCCAGAGCUUUCUCAAGUCUUUUGAAAGUAAACUUGUCGAGAUGAGCGAGGUCGAAUUCAAGAGCCAUUUAAAUGCACUAAUUGAAUCAAAGCUGGAGAAGGACAAGAAUUUGUGGGAAGAAUGUGAGCGUCACUGGGAAGAGAUAACGGAUAGAACUUUCCUAUUUGAUCGAGUCGAAACUGAGGUUGCCGCUUUAAGGAAGCUGACAAAACAAGAAUUGAUAGCUUUCUUCCACAAGCACAUAAGAAUUGGAGCGCCUAAGAGGAAGGUGCUCAGUGUACGAGUUUAUGGGAGCAAGCAUUCUUCAGAUUUCGUAGUGGAUAAAAAUGAAGCAGUUGGACCAAACACAGUACGAAUAGAUGACAUUUUCAGCUUCAGGGCAUUGCAACCUCUUUACGGUUCACACAGAAGAGGGUACGAACGGAUGGAAGUUCACAGCAGUUCUAAAUAAGCUAGAGUUGAGGAUCUCAUGAAACAUUACUCCAAAGUCCAUAUCAUGGUGCACUUGCCCUGUGGCAUCUGUACCCUGUAGCGUUUAGUGUUUGGUGUGCGUACAUGACUAAUGCAUCCCUUGGGAUUUACUAGAUAGCGGAAUCCAACAAUAGGUGGUUUCUCCAGUUCAAUGUUCCUGACUGAGGGAGAAAACUGCUGGUGCUGGAUUUAAGGUGUUAUGCAUAUCCGGAUCUAUACCAUUGAGAGUUUCAUAGCAAAACAAACUCAUAAACUAUGAGGAAAUUUUCAAAUUGAAGAAUGUCCUACUUGCCAA